AAGCUCGCCCCCGCCGCCACUCAACCUCCCACCCUACGCGCUCCGGUGCUCCCCCUCCCCUCCCCUCCCGCCACACGCCGAGAAACAGCGCGGCGCCUCCAUUGCCACCGUCGCCCGCCCCCAUCUCUGCCGCGACCUCUCUUUCUGCUCCGCCGGGGAGGGGAGGAAGCUCAGCUGCGGCCUGUGUUGGCCUCCACUCCCAUUCUUGAACAAACCUAGGGGAGCGCCGGCGGGCGUGAGAGCGGCGGCACUUUGGCUGGCAGGCAGGCAGGCAGAUGCUUCGUGUUGCAAGAAUCUGUGCUGCAAGACGGCAUUCAGGCCGUGCCGUAUUCGCGCUCCUCGCCCGCCCACGACCCUGUGUUGGCUCUCACAGCUUGGGACACAACUGUCAUGAUGGUACUACCAAGCGCAAUGUUGACGAAGAUAUCGCCGGGUUCUCGAACCAGAAAUCGCAACUUGUUAGUCGCGGCGCUUGCUUCUCCACCACCACCGAAACGGUUCUCGUCCAAGCCCGGGACCCGUCUCUGCUAGCAUCGGAGAUAGAGGCCGCGAUCGACCAGCAGAGGUUCGAUGAUGCUUGGAGGGCCUAUGAGAAGCACCUUCACAUGGACGGGCUCCCGAGAAAGUCGGUUCUGAGCAAGCUCAUCACCGGCUUCGCGGCGACCUGCGAUGCUCACAGGCUUAACCAGUCAUACAGUGUGGUUGAUCACACUUUUCGGGAGAGGCCUGAACUGCUGGAGAAGGAGGCCCUGAUUUACCUGUCCCUUGUUCUUGCACGUUACGCUCUUCCUGAUCUUGCUGUAAAUGUUGUGAGGAAGCUGGUGAAGAUUGAAGCAUACCCGCCCGUUGCGGCUUGGUCUGCAGUUAUAGCUCACAUGUGUCAGACUGCGACCGGUUCAUUUCUUGCUGCCGACAUGGUAAUGGAGAUUGGAUACCUUUUCCAGAACAAUAGAGUUGAUCCACGGAAGAAGAGCAACCGUCCGCUGCUAGCAAUGAAGCCCAAUUCAUUUACCUUCAACAUUGUUCUGACUGCAUCCCUCCUGUUUGGUACUACUAAAAAGGCGGAGCAGCUUCUCGAAUUAAUGCCCAGGAUAGGGGUGAAACCCGAAGCCAGCUUGUUGGUUGUCAUGGCUCGCAUAUAUGAAAAGAAUGGACACAAAGAUGAGAUUCACAAGUUGAAGAGGCAUGUCGAUGAGGCCUGUGGUCUCAGUGAAUCAGAGUUCAGGCAGUACUAUGAUUGCCUGCUCUCCUGCCAUUUGAAAUUCGGGGAUUUGGAUUCUGCUGUGGAUAUGGUACUGGAUAUGCUUAAAAAGGGUAACAACGCAAAGCGGUCACUAGAAGCAGCUAAAGCAGUUCUUGAGGCAGUUGAAUCUAACAAGAUUUAUCUUCCUUGUCAGAAAGCGGACCCUGAAAAUUCAGGUUUCCUGAAUAAACCUGUGUCUACUGACCACCAAAUGCUAAAUUAUGCUUCAUUCUUCAAAGAUAAGAGCUUUGCAAGGCUUGAAUUAGAGGCGAGAGAAUUACUCAAGCUAUUAUCAGAUAAGCUGCAGGGACAGGUUGGACUGGUAAAAUCUGAACAUGGUGUCCUGCAUCCAACUGAAACUACGUACGCCAAACUAGUCAAAACUUUCUUGGAAGCAGAUAAGAUCAGUGCAUUGGCAUCAUUUCUUGUGAAAGCAAGCAAAGAGGAUUCACCUGUGUCUGUUGAGAGCUCCUUUGUUGUACAAGUGAUAAAUGCAUGCAUUUCUCUUGGGUUAUUAGAGCAAGCACAUGACCUUCUUGACGAGAUGAGAUUUUCUGGAGUUAGAGUUGGUUCUUCCAUUUAUUCGUCACUUCUAAAAGCUUACUGCAAAGAGGGCAAUCAUGAAGAUGAUAUAACUGCACUUUUGAAGGAUGCUCAACAGGCAGGAAUCCAGCUUGAUUCAAGCUGCUACGAAGAUUUGAUACAAUCCAGGGCACAUCACAAUAACACCACAGGUGCUCUCCAUCUUUUUAAAGAGAUGAAGAGCUCAAACAUUAAAAAAUCUGUUAACAGGGAGUUUGAGAUGUUAGUGCAAAGCUGCGAUAACAAUGAAGCUGCUUUGACGGCUAAGCUAGUGGAAGAAGUCAAAAGUGGCCAUACAGUUAAUCAUGCCAUUCAUGACUGGAACAAUGUUAUACAUUUCUUCUGCAAGAAGAGAUUGAUGCAUGAUGCUCACAAAGCACUGAGCAAGAUGCGUGUUUUAGGCCACACGCCAAACGCACAAACUUUCCAUUCUUUAGUAACUGCUUAUGCUGCUGUUGGUGGCAAGUAUGUGGAGGUGACAGAUUUGUGGGGCGAAAUGAAAGUUCUGGCCAACUCCAACUCAAUGAAAUUUGAUCAGGAACUGUUGGACUCUCUGCUGUAUUGCUUUGUGAGAGGUGGUUUCUUCCUUCGAGCAAUGGAAGUUAUAGAAUUGAUGGAAAGCUCCAAGCUGUUUAUAGACAAAUACAAGUACAAGUCCCUGUGGCUUAAAUAUCAUAGAACAUUGUAUAAAGGUAAGGCCCCCAAGGUGCAAACAGAAGCUCAACUGAUAAGGAGAGAAGCAGCACUUCGUUUCAAGAAAUGGAUUGGGUUGACAUGAAAGCGAGAUUUUGAAAGCCAUAGUUGUUUUGAGACCAGCAUGGUUGAAGACCAAUGUAUGGAUGCCUCUUGUCUUUGGUCCUUCCCUUGUCCCCUCCCCAUCUCAUGAUCGGGCCAGAUUUUCCCGUGAAGACAGACCUGCACGAGGAUGAUGAGUGUGGUUUCUAGCUGUGCCAGCCACCAUGUUACAGGAACAAAUUGCUCGACAGAUCGCGAUUCUCCCAGAUGUAAUUUCUCUACUGGUAUGUUGUUUUUUAGUUGAAAGUUCUACAAUGUCCAUUUGUACUACUGAAAUUGAGCCAUACAUGUAAAACCUGAGAUUAGAUGUACAUGAACCAUACAGCAGUUGUGGAAUUUUUGUAUGCAA